CAUUCAUACCACGCUGAUAGCAGAUUCUUCUCGGAGUCGUCUCGUCCUUUCUGCUACGUGUGUCCUGCAGAGAAGAACCGACCAUGCCUGGGCUUUUGCUGGGAGAUGAGUUCCCCAACUUUGAGGCCGACACCACCAUCGGCAGGAUCAAGUUCCACGACUUCCUGGGCAACUCAUGGGGCAUUUUGUUCUCCCACCCCAGGGACUUCACUCCUGUCUGCACCACUGAGUUGGCCUGUGCUGCCAAGAUCAGUGAUGAGUUUAAGAAAAGAGGUGUGAAGAUGAUCGCCCUGUCCAUUGACAGCGUUGAGGACCACCGUAACUGGAGCAAGGAUGUGAUGGCGUAUAACAGUGCAGCUGAAACCCCUCUGCCCUUCCCGAUCAUUGCUGACCACAAAAGAGAACUGUCUGUGCAGCUGGGUAUGCUGGACCCCGAUGAGAGAGAUAAGGAUGGGAUGCCACUCACUGCUCGCUGUGUCUUUGUGAUCGGCCCUGACAAGAAGCUGAAACUGUCCAUCCUUUACCCGGCCACCACUGGAAGAAACUUUGAUGAGCUGCUGCGUGUCAUUGACUCUCUGCAACUCACUGCACAGAAGAAGGUCGCCACACCUGUCGACUGGAAGCCGGGUGAUAAAGUCAUGGUCAUUCCUUCUCUCUCUGACGCUGAAGCCAAGUCCCUCUUCCCCAACGGUGUGACCACGCAAGAGGUCCCUUCUGGGAAGAAAUAUUUGCGCUACACUCAUAUCUAAGACAAAUCUUCACAUUUUCACCCAACACUCAACACAUAGAACUAGAAAAAGCACUUAUCUGGUUUGAUGACAUGUGAUUUCAGUCAAGUGGACGGUUCCCACAAAUGAACCAGAAAUACCUUUAGUGUCAAUGUACAGUGCCUUGCUUGUCUUCCCUUAAUAAAUCAAUUUUUCACACCUUG